UAUUCCUCAUAUGACUUCUCGACAAUUAAGAAAAAACACAUGACAUAUUACUUAUUUUCACUCGUCACCAAUAAGAAGCCAUUCAAGAUGAUCACGAACAAUGACAUCGUCGUCCCAAAAACUUAUCGAACUUAAUUUACAAAAAGAAAAAUAACAAUACUCCUAAGCAAGCUCACCAUGCAAAUUCUGCCCCAGGUGUAUUUUAGAUAUAUUAAAAUAUUAAAGAUAUUUUAAAUUGCUACAGAGAGAUAUUUUAAAUUAAUUUUAAUGUCACAAAUUCACUUUAUAAGUGCAUGUCAGAACGUUCAUGAACUAUUUGGACGAGAAAUUUAGUUGCCUAAUAUUUCCGUUUUAAUGUAUUUCGUGAGAUCAAACCCUUUAACAAAAAAAAUGUAUUUCGUGAGAUUUAUAUGAAACAAAAAUUUAGUUGCUUAAUAAGUACAUAUUUGUGAAAGUUCUUUAAUCUAUUGGUUUUAUUUAUUAUUUCUAUAUUAUGAAGUUUAAGUUUUGAAUCCCAAAAAGGUAAAUUAUAAAAUAAAAAUGCUUACAAAAAUUUUUCAACAUUGUAAAAAAAUACAGUUAGACAUAAAUUUUAUAGGAUGGCUUACCGUGAUGUAAUCAGCCCUGAAUCCUAGUAAAUCAUAUAGAAUUAUUGUUAUAGAUGCUUCUUGUUGACCCCCAAAAAAAAUAUGUAAUGCUUCUUAUAGUUUACAAUAAUAUAAUAACCAGCAUAAAAAAAUAUAUAUACAUUUAUAUAAUGUUGUUAUGUAGUCAAUAUUUUCUGUUAAUUUUCAAUUCCUGAAAUUUAUUUGAAAAAUACAUAAACUUGCGUGAAAUAUAAUUUUUACUAUUUCAAACACAAACUAGAGUUUGACCCACACACUUGUGCGGGUGUUAUUUUCAUUUUUGCAUAGAUGUCAAAUAUUAGUUGUACAAUCUCAUAUUUUCUGUUUUGUCCUCCUCUUGUUAACUUCAUAAAUAAACUUUGAUUUUUAUUGAUCAAUGACAUGUUAGAGUUUCUCCCUUUAUGAUAUAUAUGCCUUUGUCUCUUAGUGAGACUACAAUUUCUAAAUUUACUUCCAAAUUAUUUUGUCAUGUUUACAUAUUUAAACUACUCAGUUAAUAAUUUUUGUUUUAAGUAAAAUAUCAUAAAUAUCAAAACCAUAGAAGAAAGAUGUAUCAUUGUUUCUAAAUAUUUUUUUCGUAUUUGUCAUGUCUCCACUUUCUUUCAUCUCCAAAUUUCAUAUGAUUCAAAAAUAAAGAGAUUAAAAAUAAUUUUUGAAAAUUGUUAAUAAUGACACAUAUGUUUAUUAAUUUGGUUGAAUGAAAGGAUUAGAGACACACUUCUAAAUCUUUUGAUAAACGUUUAACAUUUUUAAUUCGUAUUCGAAUCAAUAUUUUUGAAAACAUAUCAUUUCAAACCGACUCAUGGUAUAAAAAUCAGAUAAAAAAUACCCAAAAUUAAAGUAAGUACUAUUGACCAAAAAAUCAAUAUCUUGAAAAAUAUAUCCUACAACAUAUCUUUAUCACAGAUUUUUGCUUUUAUGUUUUAUAUUUGUUUAGGAAAUGAAAGAUUCUAAUAUUUUAUAUUAGCUAAAUAUUGGAUAAUUUGGUGUAGCACAUACGAUUUUAAGGAAACAAUAUCUAUUAUGUAUUUUAUAAUUUCAUUUAUUAAAAUUAUUUAUUGUUAAGAGUAAAAAUAAGAGUGACAUUCACUUAUAAUUCUGCAGGAAAAAUUAUGGUUAUUUCAAAUUUGUACUCCUAUUUUAAUAGUUUAGAUUUUUUGGGAAACAAUAUCUAUUAUGUAUUUUAUAAUUUCAUUUAUUAAAAUUAUUUAUUGUUAAGAGUAAAAAAUAAGUGGCAUUCACUUGUAAUUAUGUAGGAAAAAUUAUGGUUAUUUCAAAUUUGUACUCCUAUAGAUUCAUAAAUUAAGUCAACAUUAUCUGAUUGCGUGUUUCAAGUAACAAAUCAACAUUAUAGCAAUUAUGGCAUCGUAAUUAAUUGUUUCCAAAGAAUAAAGACUUAAGGCAUGGAAGACAGAUGUGGCCAGAGCUCGUGAGGCUCCUGAGUAAAGGCAAAAGUUCGACGGUUACAAAUAUAAUUUUAUUGACCGAAACACAAAUUCUACAAGUAUUAAAAGACAUAUCGCCACAUGCAAUUCUUCAUCAAGAUUCUCAAACUUUAAAGACAACUAAGCAAAUGGAGAUACUAGUUUCAUCGUUGGCUAUAGUUGCUGUAUUGUGGUGGAUAUGGAGAACUGUGGAGUGGGUUUGGAUUAAACCUAAGAUGCUUGAGAGUUUUCUGAGAAGUCAAGGUCUUGUCGGAACUCGCUACACGCCCCUUGUCGGAGAUAUGAGAAGGAAUUUUAGCAUGUUGAACGAAGCAAGAUCAAAACCUAUGAAACCAACGGAUGAUCUCAUUUCAAUUGUCAUGCCUUACUCCUUUCACAUGCUCAACACUUACGGAAAAACUUUUUUCACAUGGUUAGGACCCGUACCAUCCAUCACAAUAAUGAAUCCACAACUGAUCAAAGAAGUGUAUAACAAAGUUCAUGAUUUCCCAAAGACGCACACGUUUCCUUUAGUUGCGUUGAUAGCUGAUGGACUGGCUAAUGCUGAUGGACAUAAGUGGGCUAAGCACCGGAAGAUCAUCAACCCGGCAUUCCACUUUGAGAAGAUCAAGAAUAUGGUCCCUACGUUCCAAAAAAGUUGUAGUGAGGUUGUGUUCGAGUGGGAGAAGCUAGUUUCGGACAAAUGGACCUCCUGUGAGGUUGACGUUUGGCCAUGGAUUGUGAAUUUGACCGGGGAUGUGAUCUCUCGUACCGCUUUUGGUAGCAGUUACAAAGAAGGACAAAGGAUAUUUAUACUACAAGGGGAACUAGCAAAGCUUAUCAUGCAAGCUCAAGGGAAGAAUUACAUCCCUGGAUAUCGGCAUUUCCCAACAAGGAAUAAUAGAAGGAUAAAGACAAUAGUUAGAGAAAUACAAGUUAUACUAAAAGGGAUCAUUAGCAAUAGAGAAAAGGCGAGAGACGCUGGAGAAGCACCAAGUGACGACUUGUUGGGUCUACUUCUUGAAUCAAAUUUAGCGCAAGCUACAGGCAAUGGACUUACCACGGAAGAAAUUUUGGAAGAGUGUAAGUUGUUUUACUUCGCAGGACAAGAGACCACUUCAGUACUUUUGGCUUGGACAAUGGUUUUAUUAAGCCAGCACCAAGAUUGGCAGGCUCAGGCACGAGAGGAAGUGAUUCAAGUUUUUGGUGAUAGAGAACCGGAUAUCGAAGGCAUUAACCAACUCAAAGUUAUGACGAUGAUUGUUUAUGAGGUUCUUAGGCUAUAUCCUCCACUCAUCCAGAUGAACCGAGCGAUCCACAAAGAGAUCAAGCUAGGCGAUCUGACAUUACCAGCUCGCGUUCAAGUCAAUAUGCCUGUUCUGCUAAUCCAUCGCGACACUAAGCUUUGGGGAGAUGAUGCAGCGGAGUUCAAGCCAGAGAGGUUUAAAGAUGGGAUCUCAAAGGCAACAAAGAACCAGGUCUGUUUCUUGCCUUUUGGAUGGGGACCGAGGAUUUGCAUCGGUCAGAACUUUGCUCUGUUGGAGGCAAAAAUUGCGUUGGCUUUGAUCCUAAGGAGAUUCUCCUUCGAGUUAUCUCCCUCUUAUGUGCAUGCGCCUUACACAGUUAUAACAAUUCAUCCACAUUUUGGUGCUCAUCUUAUACUAAAUAAGCUAUGAACUUGUGAUGAUAUCAAAUGAAUUUGCUAUACACAAGGGAAACAAGACUGCGUAGAAGAAAUGAAUCAAAGUCACAUUCAUAAAACCAUGUUUCUAGAAAUCUUCUUUGAUAAACACUCCAUCAUUUUAGUGUA